AGCUCAACACCACACUACCUUUUGUUUAGUAGCCCUUUACUGCAGGUGAAGAGCAGCUGUGAUAUUAAUCUCUAUCAGCAUCAUCUCCAGAGGAACAUCGAGUCAUCAUGAGGACAAGUCACAUGCUUCUGUUCUGCAUCCUGGGAGCUGCACUGCUUUCCUCAGUGAUCUGCAACAGCGCAAAUGGUCCUGAUGACUGUUGCUUCAAAUUCUACCCAAGAAGAGUGAACAAAAACUUAAUCCAGUCAUAUUAUAUGACUGAUUACCGCUGCUCAAGGACCGGAGUCAUUUUGGUGACCAGAAAGUCUCGUCACAUCUGUGUGGAUCCCAAUCUCUCCUGGGUUGAGAAAAUCAUGAAAAGUCUGGAUGAAGCAAACUUGUAAACCAGCUCCCUGUCUGGAAAAAGCCUCGCCCCUCUGCAAAGUUACUUUUGUUGCUUUAAUAAAUGCAAAUGUUUGACAUUUCAUUUAAAAUAUGGUAAUGAUUUUGGUAUUAAUGUGCAAACCUGCCUUGAGUAAUGAACUAUUUAGCUUUCAAAUGGAAUCAUUUUGAGCCUGAAUUGGCUGAUAUAUCUUUUAAUAUGUUCUAAAUGCUUUGUAAUACCUACAAUAUCAUAUAAACCUCACAUAAAUACAUUAAAUAAUAUGAAACUUUCA